UAUAAAAAAAAGUAUUUUUCUUUAAUGUUAUGCAAAUUUAAAUGUAUUAAUUUUAUUAAGAUUCAAGUUAUAAGAAAGUUAUGGGGUUAUUAUUCAAGUUAUUAUUCAAAUACCACAUGCCAUGCCACUAAACAAAUGAUGCCCCCCUUUGCCACAUUUUGUUAACUAAUAAUUUACUAAUAAUUACUAAUAAUCCAGACUAGAGCUAGUUAAUAUUUCAUUAACUUAUUGAUCUCAUUGUGAAAAACUAAAGUAGGUAGUUGAUUAGGUAGUAGUAGUUGAUUUUUGUUUGUAUAAGGUCCAAACUAAAGGCAAAUUGCAUUGAUAGACAUCCAAAUUCAUGCUAAUUACAUGGUAAAUAAUGGUAAAAACUAAAUUUUAAUAACUUGAAAACAUAAAAAAAUUGGAAAAUGUUAAGUUAGGAGGUAUAUAUAUAUAUUUCCAUCAGUUUUAGAUUUAAUAUAAACAUAUAUAUAACAUUCGGCAGAUGCUAUUCUUCAACCUGUAUCAUUUAAUUUUCCAUCGGGUAUUUCUAAAAAAAGGAGAUGGUUUACAUUAAUAUAUGUCAGAUAAAACACAAUUAGUGUAUUAUGACGAUCCUAAUGAAUUAGUUUCCAACUUGAUCUUUUAUCUUCUUUUCAAAAUGCAGGUAAUACAGGUGUUAAUAAUGAGAUUGUUUUGAUUUUAGAAGAACUACAUGAAAGAAACCUUAUAAAGUAGUAAAUUAUAUGUAUAUAUAUAUAUAUAUAUAUAUAUAUAAUAUACAUAUAUAUUACAUAUGUUAUUACACAGUCAUAAUAUUUAAUAAUAAUAUCACGGAGACCUCGCACAAUAUAGCUAACGAAUUGCAUAGACCAGCAAGACGAAAAUUUCCUAGACGGCGAGUAAUAUCUCUUUUCAAAGAUGAUCUUUGGCAAGCAGACUUAAUAGAUAUGCAGCAACAUUCUAGACAAAAUUCUAGUUUUAAAUAUAUUUUAAUUGUAAUAGAUACGUAUACCUAAUAUGUAUGGGCACGGGCAUUAAAAAAUAUAAGCAGUACAGAAGUUACAAACAAUUUUUUACAAAUAUUAAAAACAAAUCAAUCUAAUUUAUUACAGACAGAUAAUGGUACAGAGUUUUACAAUAAACCGUUUCAAGAUCUUAUGAAAGAAUAUAAUAUUAAGCAUUACAGUACAUAUAGUAGUAUAAAGGCAGGUAUGGUUGAAAGCGUCAUAAGAACAAUAAAAAAUAAAAUUUACAAAUAUUUUACAUCAACAGGUUCGUGGAAUUGGUACAAUUCAAUAUCGAAACUAAUAGCUAAUUAUAAUAAUACUAAACAUACAACGAUUAAAUGUACAUCGUUUGAAGCUAGAAAAAAACAUCAAUUGCCAUUUAAGUUAAACAAUAUAAAAAUAAGAAAACCUAAAUUUGAAGUUAAUGACAAAGUUAGAAUAUCUAAAUAUAAGCAUGCAUUCG